CGGGCUUCGCGGGGGCUGACGGGAAGGGCGACCGACCUAUUUAAGCGGCUUGCGCCUCCUUACCGAAACUGGGGUCGCUCUGCGUCUCAGUGGGGUGUGUCCUUGUAUCUGGACGAGACACGAUGGCGGAGGGAGAUAAUCGCAGCACCAACCUGCUGGCUGCAGAGACUGCAAGUCUGGAAGAGCAGCUGCAAGGAUGGGGCGAAGUGAUGCUGAUGGCCGAUAAAGUCCUCCGAUGGGAAAGAGCCUGGUUCCCACCUGCCAUCGCGGGUGUGGUUUCUCUGGUGUUUGUGACUAUCUACUAUCUAGACCCAUCUGUUCUGUCUGGGGUUUCCUGUUUUGUUAUGGUUUUGUGCUUGGCUGACUACCUUGUUCCCAUUCUCGCACCUAGAAUUUUUGGCUCCAAUAAAUGGACCACUGAACAACAGCAAAGAUUCCAUGAAAUCUGCAGCAAUCUAGUGAAAACUCGACGCAGAACUAUGGGCUGGUGGAAACGCCUCUUCACACUCAAGGAGGAGAAGCCUAAAAUGUACUUCAUGAGCAUGAUCAUUUCUCUCGCUGCGGUUGCUUGGGUGGGACAGCAAGUCCACAACCUUCUUCUCACCUACCUGAUAGUGACUUUCUUUCUGCUGCUUCCUGGACUAAACCAACACGGAGUCAUCUCGAAGUACAUUGCAAUGGCCAAAAGAGAGAUAAACAAGCUUCUCAAACAAAAAGAAAAGAAAAACGAAUAAUGAAUCUGAUUCAUUUUGGUUUGGUGGUAUUAAUGGCAUAUACAUUGUCCUUGGAGCAGUUUAUGUUAAUGCUGUCUGGAUACUAAAAUGUUGCAGAAGUAGCUCUUUGCUCUCCCUCUCCCUGCCCCUAGGUAAUAGAAAUUGAGCUCUGCCAAGUCAGGCUUGAUGCAUUCUGUCUUCAUGUCACACAUAGCUGGGUGUAUUCUCAGCCACUCAGUGGCCUCAUGUGGCCUUACUACUCAUUUGUGAGUAUGACUUGUUAUUUUUCUCAGUCAGGGUUAAUUGAGUUCUUAGGUUUAGGUAGCUUUCUUUAAAAUCCUAUAGUGAUGAAGUUCACCCUUUAGUACAGUUAACUAACUUUAAUUGCUGUCCAGUCUGAUUGUUGCUUUAGCUAGAUACAACAUAGUGGUCUGUGGCUACAGGAAGCUGGUUCUACUGUCUGCUUCCACAGUCUGCUUCAGAAAUUGUCUGGCUUCAAGAAUAAUAGAGACCAAGUUUACCACUUCUGAUGACAGGGCCAAUUCAAAUUCAUUCCUCGUUCUGUUUUCAUCCCAUGUGAGAAGCCUCAUAGAUUAAAACUGAUUCCAUGUUCCAUUAUGUGUUGGUUUCACCCUUCUGCAAAAUAGCAAUUUGUAGGAAACAUUGACUGAUGGCUUCUUCCCAAAUGGGGAAUCUGACAGGCUUAGAACUCACAUCUUGCUCUUAGACUUCAAGUUUGUAAUUCUGUAAAGACUCUGAGAGGUCAAAUUUAGAACUUUUUGCAUAGUUUUAAUUUCAGAUAUUCAGCUAAUUGAAACUAGACUACAUAGUAGGUUAAAGACUGCUGUCUAUGACCUCUACUCCAAGACCAGCAAAUAACAAAAGUCUUCCUGUAUGUAAAGGUUUGUCUUAGUAGAAAAUAACUCUAUUCAUUUCUCAAGACCAGAAUAAGGCUUGGAAGGUAAGCCUCCAGGCUUUCAAUGAAACUACUGGCUGUUAUGGUCCCUAUAGAUUUGGCAGAUGAGGUGGUGUUUGACAUUUUUCCUAGAUUAGUCUUUAAAGACUAAAACCUGUUGGUCAACAAAUUGUGGCAAUCAUAGUUGACCUUGCCCUACAGAGAUUUGUAAUUCUUAGAAAUCUUAGCAUUAUAUUCUUUCUCUCUCUUGGGAUUUAGAGAAGUUAAAAUCUGUAGGAAUGUACCUCUGAGGGCUGAAAAUGUGACGUAUUUGGGAUCAAUUCUUAAACUCUGAUCGACUUAGUUGUAAUAUAGUUUUGUGAAUUUAUUGCACUGAUGCUGUAAAACCUGGACCUUGUGGUAUAUCUGUCCUUAAGUAAAUGUUGUGAUCCCUCCUUGAAUAUUGCUGUAAACUAUGGCAUCCAUGUAGCAUAUGUCUGAUUUCUCUUUUUUUAUGUUUCAUAUGAAAAUUAUAAGCUACCUUAAUUUACAUGUGUUUUUCUCGCUGUAAAUAUACCUGUCUUCCUACCCAGGUUAUUGUUGUUGUUGUUGUUGUGUGUGUGUGUGUGUGUGUGGUCUUGUUUUUACCAGUUAACUACUUUUGUAGUUUCAAUCCUGUGUUACUUCUUCUACUUUGUUUUGUGUGAAAGGGGAAACAUUAAAAAAGCUGGAAUCCCA